AUGGCGCAGGACACCAACGGAAUUCUGGCUGGAGGCGGCGCCAGCAACUCCACCACAAACGGCACUGAGAAUGAGACCGCACAGGAAGAAGAAACCAAGUACGCCCCGCACGGAUCCAUCUGCGGCGCUCGGAACCUCUACCAGACCAAGCCCGAUGAGAAUGGUGAAACAUCGUGGACCAAGGACCUGCCCGAGACCUUGGUCGCGCCCGCCGAGGACGAGGAUUCUGCACAAUACGCAAUGCUUGUACGGCACACAAAAUGUUACGAUGGGCGGAAGAGCCUGUCAAUCCACUCAGUGGUUGUUCAAAGUGAGGCACUCAAGACGUUCCUGGGCAAGGUUCUCGACGGAUACCCCGGCGUCACUACCACUUUGGAGCGCCUAGAAUUUACUCAGCCAUUCAAGCCGUUGGUCCACCGAUGGGAGGACCUUGUGAUGGCUCGUGAAGACGAAGUACUGGACGCGGUUACGAAAGAGCACGUUGACCUCUUCUAUAAGAUUCUCGAAGCGGAGCUGCGUGACACCCUCGCACGCAAGAAGGAUCUCAUUCGCAAUGGGGUUAUCACGCACCCGCUCAUUUGGACGCUUUUUGAGCCCGAUGAUGCGGUCAUCAGCAACACUAGCAUCCCUCGGGGCUUCCUGUUUUCUGACUGCAGCAUCAACUGCCGGACAAAAGCAUGGGUCCUCACUUGCAGACACAUCGACUUCGACGGUGAAGAUUUCGGAUACAAGGAUGAGGAUUUUGCCGCAAACCCGUUCAUUGGAACUACACCCAUUACUUCUUUGCCAGUCUUCCCACUGAAGUAUCAUCCCGAGAAGGAAGCCAUCCGCGAAAAGCUCAUUGCCCAAGGAAAGCGCUGGGAGGAGCACAAAGGCUACCACUACAGGCAAUACGAAGGCGUGGCCGUUGGUUUCUCGGAAGACGACGAGACCAAGCGGUACCACGUCAAAAGCAGGAUCAUCAUCGACGCUGAAGCAUUUAAUGUCUUCCACCCGUACAAGUCUAUCCACGUGUGGGGGUACAGCGACAUACCCCAGGAGCUGAACGACGAUCUGCUUAUGAUUACUUCCCACAUGGUGUACGGUUAUUCCCUGAAGGACAAGGAGUGGCUGCAAUUCUCUCUUUAUUGUACAUCAGAUAUUGAAUGGGACUCCCACGCCUUCGAGUCUCUCGUCCUUCCCCAGGAACAGCAAGACUUAAAAGAGCUGAUUCUAGCCUUUGCAAAAGCCCAAUCCAAGCAGCUAGACAGCUUUGACGAUGUCGUUCACGGCAAGGGCCGGGGAAUCAUUAUGCAACUCAGCGGGCCCCCGGGAGUGGGCAAGACUUUGACGGCGGAGAGCGUGGCUGAGGUGAUGCAGGUUCCACUGUAUGCAAUGAGCGCGGGCGAUCUGGGGACCAGUGCAGAUGCAGUUGAAAGAAGUCUGAAGGACAUCCUCCGCAUGGUCCCCAAGUGGGGUGCUGUCCUUCUCCUAGACGAGGCCGAUGUCUUUAUGGAAGCCCGUUCCUCGACUGACCUGCAGCGCAACGAGCUUGUGUCGAUUUUUCUGCGGAUGCUGGAGUACUACGAGGGUAUUCUCUUCCUCACCACUAAUCGUGCUGAGCAUAUCGAUCCGGCCUUUGAAUCUCGGAUUCACGUGUCGCUGGCUUAUAAGGAACUUGAGGCCCCCUCGAGGCGGCAUAUUUGGAGCCAGUUCUUGGGCCGCUCUGCCAAUGCGGCUACUUUCUCAGACGAGCAGCUGGAAAAGCUGGCCGCAGUGCAGCUGAAUGGCCGGCAGAUUAAGAAUAUGAUGAAAACUGCUAGCCUGCUGGCCUGGUCUCAGCAGAAGCAGCUGGGAUAUCAGCAUAUCGAGACGGUGCUCAAUCUCCGUACGAGCAAUGCGCUAAAGCUAACCUGA